AUGUUUACCUUCAAGGGCAAAGGAGACGACUCUCCCGUCGAGGAGUCCGCUCCUACUUACCCUGAGUCUGACAAGGGCAGCGAGCAUGGCGGAGAGAUCUAUCAGACCAGUGAUUCCAGAAGGACCAUUGGUCUUACCAGCGCUAUUUUCCUCAUCUUUAACCGCAUGAUCGGCACUGGUAUCUUCUCCACUCCUUCCAGCAUCGUGGCUCUGAGUGGAAGUGUGGGUCUUGCGCUGUUCAUUUGGGUCGCUGGUAUGCUUAUUGCUGCUGCGGGUAUGGCCGUGUACCUUGAGUUCGGAACUGGCCUUCCUCGCAACGGUGGUGAGAAGAACUACCUCGAAUAUGUGUACACGAAGCCGAAGUUCCUUGUCACUGGUUUCUACACCGGUUAUGUCAUCCUUCUUGGUUGGGCGGGCUCCAAUUCCGUCGCCUUCGGCGAAUACAUCCUGAACGCUGCCAACGUCGAGGUCAACCGCUGGAACCAGCGUGGUAUCGGUCUUGCCUGCAUCACCACCGCCUUCUUGAUCCACGGCCUGGCCCUGAAGUGGGGCCUGCGCCUGCAGAACCUGCUGGGCGUUAUCAAGCUCAUCAUCAUCCUGAUCAUCAUCGUUUCCGGCUUCGCGGCUCUCGGUGGCCACCUCAAGAUCGACAAGCCCGAUAACUUCUCGAACGCUUUUGAGGGCACGACCGGCUCCUCGUACGGUGUCGUGACGGCACUCUACAACGUUAUCUGGUCGUACAUCGGCUACAGCAAUGCCAACUACGCCAUGUCCGAGAUGAAGAACCCCGUCCGCACCCUCAAGCGCGCCGCGCCCAUCGCCAUCAUCACCGUUGGCAUCAUGUACAUGCUUGUCAACAUCGCCUACUUCGCCGCCGUUCCCCGCGAGGAGAUUGCCACCAGCGGCCGCAUCCUUGCCGCCUCUUUCUUCCGCAACGUCUUCGGUCCUAGGGCUGAGCGCGCGCUCUCCGUUUUUGUCGCGCUGUCCGCCUUCGGCAAUGUCAUGUCCGUCAUCUUCUCCCAGGGUCGUAUCGUCCAGGAGCUCGGUCGCGAGGGCAUCCUCCCUUUCUCGGGCUUUUUCGCGAGCAACAAGCCUUUCAACGCGCCGCUGGCUGGCCUGUUCGAGCACUGGCUUGUCUCGGUCAUCAUCAUGCUUGCCCCUCCCCCCGGAGAUGCCUACAACUUCAUCCUUAACGUCAUCUCCUACCCGCUGGCCAUCGUCAACGUCUUCGUCUCUGGUGGCCUCGUGCACCUCUAUCUCAACCGCGCGAAGUACCACUGGAACCCGCCGAUCAAAGCCACUCUUCCCGUCACCAUCUUCUUCCUGCUCUCCAACAUCUACCUCGUUGUUGCGCCGUACAUCCCGCCGGAGACGGCCGACCAGAACGUGUACAACGACCUGCCGUACUGGCUGCACUGUGUUGUCGGCACCGCCAUCGUCCUCGCCGGCGGCGUGUACUGGCUCGUCUGGGCCCAGCUGCUGCCCAAGCUGGGCGGCUACAAGCUACACAAGGAGGUCUUCGUCGACGACGACGGCUGGUCGCGGAGCGUCUUCGUCAAGGUCCGGGACGGGGAAUGA